AGAGUUUCGGGUACGGGAAGAAUUUUGGGGCGAGAUAUGAGGUGGUGAAGGAGGUGGGAAGGGGGCAUUUCGGGCAUACCUGCUCGGCGAGGGCGAAGAAAGGGGAGCUGAAGGGCCAGCUCGUCGCCGUCAAGAUCAUCUCCAAAGCUAAGAUGACGACAGCAAUAUCAAUCGAAGAUGUUCGCCGAGAGGUGAAAAUCUUGAAAGGACUAUCUGGGCAUUCAAACUUAGUCAAAUUUUAUGAUGCAUGUGAGGACGCCCUUAACGUCUACAUAGUUAUGGAAUUGUGUGAAGGUGGAGAAUUACUAGAUAGAAUAUUAUCCAGAGGUGGAAGGUACAAGGAAGGUGAUGCAAAAGUAAUUAUUGUGCAAAUACUGAGUGUUGUAGCCUUUUGUCACCUUCAAGGUGUUAUACAUCGUGAUUUAAAACCAGAGAAUUUUCUCUUUACCACCAAAGAUGAAAAUGCUCCAAUGAAGAUUAUUGAUUUCGGCCUUUCUGAUUUUAUCAGACCAGAUGAAAGGGUUAAUGACAUUGUUGGAAGUGCAUAUUAUGUUGCUCCUGAGGUUCUACAUAGAUCAUAUAGUACAGAAGCAGACAUUUGGAGCAUUGGUGUUAUCACAUACAUAUUGUUGUGUGGUAGCAGACCCUUUUGGGCCCGAACCGAAUCAGGAAUAUUCCGUUCUGUUUUAAGAGCAGAUCCAAAUUUCAUUGAUUCUCCUUGGCCAGAUGUGUCUCCUGAGGCUAAAGAUUUUGUGAAAAGGCUUUUGAAUAAGGACUACAGAAAAAGAAUGACGGCUGCGCAGGCUCUAACUCACCCAUGGUUGCGAGAUAAGCAGCAACAAAUCCCCCUAGAUAUACUAAUUUUUAAGUUAGUGAAAGCAUACGUACGGGCGACUCCAUUCAAACGUGCAGCACUGAAGGCUUUAUCCAAGGCUUUAAGAGAAGAUGAACUUAUAUAUUUAAGGUCACAAUUUAAUUUAUUGCAACCAAAUAAAGAUGGGCGUGUUUCUCUUGAAAAUUUUCGGAUGGCUCUUUUACGCAAUGCAACCGAUGCUAUGAAGGAGGCUAAGGUUCCUGAUAUCUUGAAUGCGUUGGAUUCUCUUGCGUAUAAAAGGAUGGACUUCGAAGAAUUCUGUGCUGCAGCUGUGAGUCCGUACCAAUUGGAGGCCUUGGAGGAAUGGGAACAAAUUGCUAACACCGCCUUCCAGCACUUUGAGCGUGAGGGCAACCGUUUCAUCACAACUGAGGAAUUGGCUCAUGAAAUGAACCUUGGACCAGCAGCACAUUCAAUGGUCCGAGAUUGGAUCAGACCAUCUGACGGUAAAUUAAAUUUUCUUGGGUACACCAAAUUUUUGCAUGGUGUGACAAUACGCAGCUCAAACACAAGACAUCAUCACUAGGAUCCCUAAGGCCAAAUACCAUGUCAUUUGUUUCCUAUUCAUGCCAUUCAGUACAGGGCUUGCAAAUCUAAAAUCCUUUUUUCUUUUUCUUCUUUUACCUUCCUUUUCUUUUUUUUGGUGCGUCCAAUGUAGAGAAAUAUGAUUUAAUGUAUAAAUAGAUUCACAGUCAAGUAUAGAUUUAAUGUUUUCAUA